AAGGGGCGUUGGUGGUGGUGGUGGUGAUACUGGGGAGGCAGGGAUUGGUGUUAACAUUGCUUUGGUGGGCACUGGCCAGUCUUGCCACACACUCUCCUAAUAGUGAUCAGUGCAUAUUCCUGGCGGUGGUGGUGGUGUGAUUACAUUGUUUUGGCAGGGGCGCUGGGGAAGGAGGGAUUGGUGUUACAUUGUUUUAGUCAGCACUGGCCAGUCUUGCCACACACUCUCCUAAUAGCGAUCAGUGUUUGCAUAUUCCCGGCAGCUUCUUCCUCCAUCAAGCAGCACCAGAGAGACACAGCUACUUAAGACCAGGCCAGAAUCCAGGCCACUGCCCUGCUUGGCACCAACCAUUCUGUCUGGCUUCCCUGAGGACAGACCAUGGUGUGUACUGUGAGUGGUGAUGGGGUGAAGGCUGUGAGGCUGGUCAGUAGCAUGAGUGGCCAACAGCAGCAGCAGCAGCAGCAGCAGUCUGCCUCAGGUGUGGGGAGGCACAGGCAUAGUGGCAAGAAUCACCAGGAGGCAGGCAGCUCCAGCCACAGAGGAGAGAACAAGUUUGAGUGCCAGCUGUGUGGUAGAACUUAUAAAGGUAGAAGUGGGCUUACUUACCACACCUUGACACACAGUAGUGUUAGGAAUUAUGAAUGUCUUGAAUGUGGAAAAAAAUUUACUCUCAAGUCUUCCCUCAACACACACACCUUAACACACAGUGGUGUUAGGAAUUAUGAGUGUUUAGAGUGUGGAAAGAAAUUUGUAUGCAAGUCUUCCCUCAAGACACACAUCCUGACACACAGUGGUGUUAGAAAUUAUGAAUGUCUUGAAUGUGGGAAGAAAUUUACCCAAAAGGGUAGCCUCAGUACACACAGUCUGACACACAGUGGUGUUAAAAAUUAUGAGUGUCUAGAAUGUGGGAAGAAAUUUACCCAAAAGGCUAACCUCACCAAACACACCCUGACACAUAGUGGUAUUAGAAAUUAUGAAUGCCUUGAAUGUGGGAAGAAAUUUACCCAAAAGGGUAACCUCACCAAACACACCCUGACACACAGUGGUGAUAGAAAUUAUGAGUGUUUUGAGUGUGGGAAGAAAUUUACCGCCAAAUCUUCCCUCACCACACACACCCUGAUACACAGUGGUGUUAGAAAUCAUGAAUGUCUUGGAUGUGGAAAGAAAUUUACCAGAAAGUCUGACCUCGACACACACACCCUGACACACAGUGGUGUUAAAAAUUAUGAGUGUCUUGAAUGUGGAAAGAAAUUUACCCUAAAGGGUAACUUCACCAAACACACCCUGAUACACAGUGGUGUUAGAAAUUAUGAGUGUGAAGAGUGUGGCAAAAGAUUUCCUACCAUUAGUAUCCUCAAUAGACAUGCCUUUAGACACACUGGCUUGAGGGAGUUCAAGUGUGAUGUUUGUGGGAAGUGUUUCAAGACAAAGCAAGAGAUUGCCAGGCACAUGAGGAUCCACUUUUGAGGUGGUUGUAGCUUUGCCUGUGUGAGUGUGUGCUGUGUUACAUCUGUGGUGGUGGAUGUGAUCAUGUAUUCUGUGAGGGAGUAAUGGCUUCCACAAUUACAAUCAAUCAUUUCUUCAGUCAUACAUACAUACAUACAUACAGCAAGAUUUUAUUUAUUUGUUUUUAUUUUUUUAUUUAUUUACUAUUUUUAUUUAUUUAUUUAUUUUAUUUAUUUAUUUUUUUAUUUAUUUAUUUAUUUAUUUAUUUAUUUAUUUUUAUUAUUUAUUUAUUUAUUUAUUUAUUUAUUUUUUUUUUGAGGAGGAACACCAGCCAAGGGCAACAAAAAUCUAAUAAAAGAAAAAGCCCACUGAGAUGCCACUCCCAGAAUAGGGUCCAAAGUAGUAGUCAAAAAUUGAAGGAUGUGUCUUGAAACUUACCUCUUGAAGAGUUCAAUCCAUAGGAAGGUGAAAAUACAGAGGCAGGCAGGGAGUUCCAGAGUUUACCAGAGAAAGGGAUGAAUGAUUGAAAAUACUGAUUAUCUCUUGCAUUAGAGAGGUGGACAGAAUAGGGGUAAGAGAAAGAAGAAAGUCUUGUGUGGCGAGGUAGCAAGAGGAGGGGAGGCAUGCAGUUAGCAAGAUCAGAAGAGCAGUUAACAUGAAAACAGCAGUAGAAGACAGCUAGAGAUGCAACAUUGCAGCAAUGAGAAAGAGACUGAAGACAGUCAGUUAGAGGAGAGGAGUUGAUGAGUUGAAAAGCUUUUGAUUCCAUCCUGUCUAAAAGAGCAGUAUGAGUGGAACCCCUAGACAUGUCCAUACAUGGAUGGGUAAGGCCCUUGUACAGCUGGGGUUUGGGGGGCGGGGGGGGACAGGCAGAGGCGACUCAGAACGCCAAACUUCAUAGAAGCUGUUUUAGCUAGAAGUAUACUUCAUGAGUGUGUGUAAACAGUGGCCCAGCGAGCUUUUUAAUGAUUGCUACUGUACUGUACCAGUUUUUAUUUUUUAUUUAUUAAUUUUAUUUUUUAUUUUAUUUUAUUUAUUUAUUUAUUUUUUUUUUAUCUAUGAUCCUUCUGAUGUUUUAUAAGCUCUGUAUUUAUUACUUCCAGGUACAUGCCUAAAAAGAAUCUGAAUGUUAUGGGUGGUCUUAAAAUAUUUCAUUUUAUUUUUUUAAGGGGAACAUCUCAGCCAUAUAUAUAUAUAUAUA